UGUGUGCAGGGCGGGACUCGGGAGGAGUUUGUACGGGCUGGGCAGAGUGUGCAGGGAACAGGACUCGGGGUUGCACCGGACGGAGCGGGAGUGGACUCGGGACAGUGAGGUGGCCCUGGGGUCGGGAGCGCUGCCUGCCGCAGUCAUGGAGCCGAGCGCGGACCUGGCCUUGCUGAUUGCUGUGGUUGUCAUUGCCGCGACAGCCUUGCUGUUAGUUUUCAAGGCUAGGAGAUCCCAGAGGAAGAGUGAUCCCAUUACAUUACAGGAUCCACACACUAAGUAUCCAUUGCCAUUGAUAAAGAAAGAGGAGAUCAGCCACGAUACCAAGAAAUUCAGGUUUGGGCUUCCGUCGCCGGAUCAUAUAUUAGGGCUACCUAUAGGCCAGCAUGUUUACCUCUCUUCCAAAAUCAAUGGUAAUCUUGUCAUCCGGGCCUACACUCCAGUUUCCAGUGAUGAAGUAAAAGGUUAUGUUGACUUAAUUAUAAAGGUCUACUACAAAAAUGUCAAUCCCAAAUUCCCUGAAGGCGGGAAGAUGUCCCAGUACUUAAACAGCAUGACUGUUGGGGAUACCAUUGACUUCAGAGGGCCAAACGGGCUCCUUGUAUACAAGGGGACAGGUAACUUUGUUAUCAAGCCUGACAAGAAGUCUGAAGCACACAGAAAGUUUGUAAAGCAUCUUGGGAUGAUAGCUGGAGGAACAGGAAUAACUCCGAUGUUGCAGCUGAUCCGUCACAUCACAAAGGAUCCUAAUGAUAAUACAAAAUGUUACCUCCUUUUUGCUAAUCAGACUGAAAAAGACAUAUUACUGAGAGCAGAGCUAGAAGAGGUAGCCAAGAAUCACCCUGAUCAAUUUAAAGUGCGGUAUACAUUGGACAGACCUCCUCACGAUUGGAAGUAUAGCUCUGGCUUCAUUACUGCAGACAUGAUUAAAGCAUACCUCCCUCCUCCAGGCAGAGAGACUCUUAUUCUGAUGUGUGGGCCUCCACCUAUGAUUCAGUUUGCGUGUCAGCCCAAUCUGGAAAAACUUGGUUAUCCCAAAGAUAACACAUUCGCUUAUUAACACUGAUGCAAUGCGGUACAUCUCAUUCACAUGCAGAAAUAAUCCAUUUGCUACAGCACUUUUAGAACAAUGUAAGUUGAUUGCAAUUUUCAUAGUCAUAAUUAAGGGUUUUAUUGAACAGCUGAGUAAUUUUGUUCUGCCUCUGUUACCUUGAAUGUUUUUAAUACUGAGAGCUUAAGUAAUAGUCUUUAAAUAUCUUCUAUUAAGCAAUAAGACAUGGAGAUGCAUAUCUGGCUAACUAUAAUAUGGAGAGCGUGUUAAUAUACAAAGUUAAAGGCCAAAUGAUUCUAGCUACCCGACAUUAAGUUGCCCUGAAAUGUUCUGCCUUUUUUGCUAUGAGAUAAAAUUUGUAUCCAAUGAUAGGGGGGUGGGGGGGUCAGUUUAUUUUAUUAAUUAUAUACUUGGGUAUAGCACUGACAUUCAGUAGCCUACAAUUGUCUUAAAUUCUGAACCUAUUUCCUAACUUACGCAAGAUUUGUGUGACAAGACUCUACAUGUAAUCCAUUAAUUACAAUGUGAAUAAAUUAAUUUCUUUCCUGUAUGAAAGAGGGGAUAAAGAAUACAGUAACUCCUCA